UGCCUUUGCUGUUUUAAGGCCAAUGGACAUUUGUUUGCUUAUUUAUACAGUGACAUUUCUGUCCCUCUGAGGACACACAGGAUGAAUAAAAAUGGACAUCAGGGAGUUAAUUUAUGACAUGAAAAUGCACAAUAUAAUAUCCUGUCUACAUUUAAUGUCAUCCCUUGUGGCCUGCUAUUGAGACCUCUGCCUCUGCUGCCCAUUGGCACAGCAGCCGGAGCAGGAGGACCGCAAAGGGGAGGGCCGAACGGGCCCCCUCUCUUCCCUGCAACAGAAGAUGUGUGCUCCUCUGAGUGGGAACUGUUUGUGCAAGAGCUCCAAGUCCAGAGCCUCAGCGGUCAACUCUAAUUGUCAGGUGUUGUGAGCAGCUCCUGUCCCGACUGGACGUCCGCAGGCCUCUCCAUCUGAAGUGCAGCCUCAGAAGAAGAACUCUUGUGGCUCUGUCAAGUGUGGAGGCCAGAGCGAGAUAGAGAGAGAGAGGGAAAGAUGGACACGUGCGCCUGCGCUUUGGAGUUGCUGGGGAUGCUGGUGUAUGUUGGAGCAUGGCUGUGCGCUCUCGCCACCACUAUCUUACCACAGUGGCUGACCAUGUCCACUGCGCUGCUGCCGGUAGAGAGCUACGAGCUGGGCCUGUGGGAGACAUGCGUCGUCCAGGAUGUCGGAGGCAUGGAGUGCAGAGCUUAUGACAGCCUGCUGGGCCUUUCCAGUGACCUCAAGCUGGCCCGUAUUCUCAUGUGUGCCUCCCUCGCUGUGGGCAUGCUGGGAAUGCUGGUGGCCAUACCUGGACUUUACCUGGUCAACAGCUGUAGAGAGCACGGAGGCUACCGAACCAAGAGGACUUUAACCAUCAUAGGAGGGGUGCUGGGGGUGAUUUCUGGAGUGCUGUGUUUGAUCCCUGUUUCCUACAUGGCCCAUUUAGCAGUGAUGCAUUUCUUUGACGAUAAAGUACCUGACGUGGUGCCACGAUGGGAGUUUGGUGAUGCCCUGUUCUGCGGCUGGGCCGGAGGAUUUCUUCUCAUAGUGGCCGGGCUCCUUCUGGUCACCUCCUGCAUAUGUUCACGGGUGGAGCCUCAGCCUGUGCUGCAGCGGCGAUACCAGGUCAUGAGUACAGAUGUUUCCUUCAGGAAGCGCUCAGAGUACGUUUAAGGGACAAAUGAUUCAAAUUAAAAGAUUACCUUCAUAGAGACCGACAAACACAACACAAUCACCUGUAGAACUGCACUUCAAACUGCUUUGAAAUAAUUAUGUAAAUAUCUGGAUUUAUAUAAAAGGCAACAUCCUGUGUAAGGGUUGCUUUAUCGGUUGUGGAUUUUGAUUGUUGCAGCUGUUUUUAAUGACUCUAGUACACAACCCAACAGUUCAGUUUAAAAGAACCUGCUGUGACCAGUAAAAAGUGAAUGUUUUUUAAAUACAUGUUUUAUAAAAUGCUUUAUUUUCAAUAUUCUGAGGCGCUUUCUCUUAUCAGUGCCAACAAAGAAGAAAAUACUGUUUCAAGUCUGUUUAACAAGACACCUUAGCUUUUAAAAUGCUGUGAUUGUAAGUUAUUCUUCAUACUAAAACAUUGUAAAAGCACAAAUUAUUCCUGGCCUGGCUGCUUAUGUGCUGUAUUGUGCAGCACAUUCAGAUGAUUCACAUAAAGAAUUAUUGAAAUUCUA